CGUCAAUGAUAGCAGCUUCCAUAAAGUUACACUUCCCGAUGUUCCUGCCGUUGAAUACUACUAGCGCGGUUCCGGUGUCUUACUACCUAAUUGUUAUGUAAGGUACAUAUAAUCCUAAGAAUACCUAUUAAAUACCUACCUAAGGUAAUACCUACUACCUACUAGGUAUCAGUUGGCAUACAUAUUUAAUACCCAAUUCCAUCCAUAUCAUACCUAAGUGUACCCAUACGUCCUUAGUUAGGUACGAUUAAGGAAGUCUGCCAAUUGAUAUAUACGCAAACGUCUCGGCCAUAACCCUAUUUUAUAGUUCGACUCCUUUUAAAUACAACGUUGGUUGUUUUCGAUACAUCACCAGUCCCUUUCCUCCUCCUAUCUAAGCCUGCGGUGCGUUAAUAGAAGUAAUGGACAACAAAUCUCCGAAGAAAUCUACUUCGCCGCACUAUGAUAUCGUAAUUGUCGGGGCUGGCCCUGUAGGGCUCAUGCUUUCAACGUGCCUUGCAAGAUGGGGCUAUAAAAUCAAGCACAUUGACAAUCGAGCUGAACCUACACCAACGGGUCGCGCAGAUGGUGUUCAGCCGCGAUCCCUAGACCUACUUCGAAAUAUGGGCCUAAAGCCUGCCAUCAUGGCUCAUAAACCCGCCCGCGUUUAUGAAGUAGCCUUUUGGGACCCACCCAAAAAUGGCAAAGGCAUCGUCAGAACCGGUACCUGGGCUAGCUGUCCUUCUUUCAUUGACGCAAGAUAUCCUUUCACCACACUAUUGCAUCAGGGUCGAAUAGAACGCGUGUUCAUCUCAGAUCUAAAAAAGAAUGGUGUCGAGAUUCAACGGCCGUGGACUAUCAAGGGAUUCACCUCGGAUAAUAAAGUAGAUCCGGAGUACCCCGUGGAGGUACACCUAGAGCAUGUUGAUGGGCAUCAUCGGGAAUCAGUCCGGGCUAAAUAUUUAUUCGGCGGCGAGGGCGCUAGAUCAUUUAUCAGAGAUCAACUAGGAAUCACAAUUACGCAUAAAGAUCCUAUUACACAUGUUUGGGGCGUUAUAGACGGCGUCGUUAAAACCGACUUCCCAGAUAUCAAGAUGAAAUGUACCAUACACUCUAGACAUGGCUCGAUAAUGGUUAUUCCUCGAGAAGAUAAUAUGGUUCGACUAUACAUACAGAUCGCAUCGUCUACGGAUCCAGACUGGAAUCCGAGGAGAACAGCUACUGCGGAACAAGUUCAAGACUCCGCAAAGAAGAUCCUCCACCCAUACCUUAUAGAAUGGGAACGCGUGGAAUGGUACUCAGUAUACCCUAUCGGACAAGGCAUUUCAGAUAAAUACACAAUCGACCAUCGUGUGUUCCUGGGCGGCGAUGCUUGUCAUACUCAUAGUCCGAAAGCCGGCCAAGGGAUGAACACGGCCUUUCUCGAUGCCCUGAAUCUCGCCUGGAAAGUUCAUGCUGUCGAAGCUGGAUUCGCCGAUAGGGCUAUCUUGACAACCUACGAAGCUGAACGCAAGGAUGUCGCAGAAACCCUUCUUUCAUUUGAUAACAAAUAUGCCAAACUAUUUUCGCAGCGCCCGCCAGCUGCAGAGGAGGUACAAGCCGCCUCGGAGCAGACUAGCGCCCAAGCCGAGGAUAACGAAUUCGUCAAGACUUUCAAGGAGUCUUGCGAAUUCACCAGCGGAUACGGUGUAGCCUACAAACCCAACGCGCUUAAUUGGUCUCCAGCACAUACAGCCAAGUCUUCUUUAAUCAAUCCCCGAGGAAACAAAUUGCGUACGGGUCGAAUUAUGAUCAACGCUGACGUUACGAGGGUUGUGGACGCUAACGUUGUACAUUUGGAACAAGAGGUUCCUCUCAACGGCUCAUUUCGUAUCUACGUCUUCGCCGGAGAACCUGCGGUGGCCUCGAAGGCGCUGAAUGAUUUUGCCCUUCGCCUCGGCAAUAACAGAUCAUUUUAUAGCUCUUAUCUCCGGUCUGAUAUAGACUCCGUUUCCCACCACGAGAUGAAUAACCCUCAUAGCCUCUUCUUUACUAUAUGUACCGUCUUUGCUGCUCAACGAAGUCAGAUCGAGAUAACACGGGAUGUGCCGAGUCUUCUUGCUCGUUACCGCGACCACAUAUAUGCUGAUGACAGAUGGGACCGCCGCGUACCUGAUGCAAAAGCUUCAGCUCAUGCUAAAAUGGGGUUUGAUCAAGAAAGGGGUGGUGUCGUUGUUGUUCGACCCGAUGGCUAUGUAGGCAUUGUGACGAGCCUGGUUGAGGGAUCUGGAACCGUGGAUUCAUUGAACGAAUAUUUCGGUGCUUUCUGCACAAAUAGAUUGGGCGAAAAGAUGUCACAAUUAUAAGCAAUGUAUCUUAGACAUACCCAAGCGUGAGCUAUACCCCUUAAGCUAGAGUGGUGGUUUCCCAACCAUACAACAUAUAUUCGUCAAAUAUAAAAAGUGAGUUGACAUAUCCCUUA